AUGCAAAACCUUUACGAUAGCAUCAAAAACUUCAAGGAAGCGAUGAAAGUGUCGACCGUGAGGCUUGCGCUGAAGGGACUCAGCGGUUUCUUCGUUGGAUUCUGCAAAAAUCAGUUCUCGACAGUUCCUUUGUCGAUAAGCAGAAAUCUUACGGGAACCGAUCGGAAAGAGACGCGGUAAAAAUGGUGCGCAUUGACUCGUAAACGCCUCUUUUUUAGGCACGCCACAUAUUUUGCGGAAUUCGGACGAGUGAUUCUGAAGGGUUACCGCCAGUUGUUCACCUCAAACUUCAUCCACGCCAACGACCUGGUCCUGCGCAACGGUCUCGUGCUCCGACUCACGCAGGCUCCGAUUGGCAACGACGAGCGCGGCUACAUAGGGACGAUCGAGAAGUUCUACUGGAUGCUGCGGCAGGACAGAACCGAACGGGUGGUCAUGUUGUGCAAACUGUUCGAGGACGGUUCGUGAGCCGCCGCAAUAGUUUCCGACUAAUUGUGAUUUCAGAAACACGCAAAUGCGCACAGUACUAUCCGGAGGAAAGUGGCGAUGAGCUCACGUUCCAAGGCUUGACAGUGAAAUGCACUUCGAAAUCGCUCGACUCGACAGAAGAGAUCGUCACCCGCGUGCUUUCCGUCAAAUUCACGUGAGUUCCGCGAUGUUGCAAAACAUUUGAAAGUGGAGAUAAUGCGGGAAGAAUCGCCUUUCUGGAUAGAUUUCUCGGUAAAUGUAUCCACUUUAGAUAUUUUUCCAGAGACUACCCCGAGUUCACGGUCAAACACGAUCAGUACCUCGACUGGCCGGACCAAUCGGCGCCCAUGUGUGCCGACGGGGUCCUCGCGCUCCUCGACUCGAUUCAGAACGAAAUGAACCCGGUUGUCGUGCACUGCACGGUCUCCCAGAGCGCGAAUGAUCAAUGGGGCGCACUUGCAACAGGCGGGCUGGUGUCGAUUUACGCGGCUGCCGAUUAA